AUGGUUGAGUCAAACAAGAAACGGCGGAUCUCUGAAGAAAGUCCCGCUCAAGAUACAGACGCCAAAAUGGAAGAGAUCACCAAGACCAACACUCAAGAGGCUUCGGCCACCAAGACGAAGAGAACGCUCUUUGUUCGAUCGCUACCGACCUCCGCUACUACGGAGAGUCUGACCGAGUUCUUCUCUCAGUCCUACGUUAUCAAGCACGCCACUGCUGUCAUCGACCCUAAGACGAAGUUGUGCAAAGGAUACGGUUUCGUUACAUUUGCCGAUCUUGAGGACGCCGAGAGCGCCCUGAAGGAGCUGAACGGAAAGAAGUUCGAGGGAAAGCAGAUUCGCGUCGACUACGCCCAAGCGCGCCAACGUGAAAUCGACGAGAAGCUCGGCAAAAGUGUUCCCUCUGCUGCUGGUAUCAAGCAGAAGCAGGAACGUGCGGACCAGAACGCCGAGAACCAGCCCCCCAAACUCAUUGUUCGCAACUUGCCGUGGAGCAUCAAGACUUCCGAUGAUCUGGCCCUCCUUUUCCGCAGUUAUGGAAAGGUUAAGUGGGCUACCCUUCCCAAACGCAACAAUACGCUCGCUGGUUUCGGCUUUGUCAUUAUUCGCGGCAAAAAGAACGCGGAGAAGGCGCUCCGGGAAGUGAACGGAAAAGAGAUCGAUGGCCGUCAAUUGGCUGUCGAUUGGGCGGUCGACAAGGAGGUCUGGGAGAAGCAGCAGGAGAAGGAGGAGAAGGAGGACGAGAAGGAAGACAAGGACGUGGACAUGGAAGACAAAGAAGAUAAGGAGGCUUCUACUGAAGAUCCCGACGACAUGACCUCAUCAGAGGGAGAAGACGAUGACGUUGAUGAUGAGGAAUCCGACGAGGAUGAGGAUAUGGAUGAUCUGGAGGAUCUAGACGAGGAAGAGGAGGAUGAAGAAGAUAAGAGACCGGAUGACCGCGAUGCAUGCACAAUCUUCCUUCGCAACCUUCCCUUCACCUGCGAUGACGAAGCCCUCUACGAACACUUCAAACAAUUCGGGCCAUUGCGCUAUGCUCGUAUUGUCGUGGACCAUGAGACUCAACGACCCAGAGGCACUGGAUUUGUGUGCUUCUGGAAGCCCGAAGAUGCCAUCGCCUGUAUCCGCGAGGCCCCCAAGACACAAGAAAUGCCGAUCGGAGACAAGCAGCGCCCCAACCCCAUGAUGAAGCACUCUGUUCUGCAAAACGAAAACUCCGACCCUAGCGGACGGUACACUCUAGAUGGCCGAGUUCUCCAAGUUGCUCGCGCCGUGAACAAGCGUGAGGCUACAAAGCUCGAAGAAGAGGGCGUUUCUCGCCGCCUUGUUCGUGACAAAGAUAAGCGUCGUCUCUUCCUGCUCGGCGAGGGUACCAUCCCCUCAAACUCUCCGCUGUACAAGAAGCUGUCGCCCUCCGAAAUCAAGAUGCGCGAGGAGAGCGCCAAGCAGCGUGAGGCCGUCAUCAAGAAGAAUCCCGCGCUGCACCUGAGUUUGACCCGUCUCGCCGUUCGAAACAUCCCUCGUCACAUCACCUCUAAGGAUCUCAAACAACUUGCUCGUCAGGCCGUCGUUGGCUUCGCAACAGACGUCAAGGCCGAAAAGCGUCAACCUCUGUCCAAGGAAGAGCAACAACGAUCCCGAGAGACCAUGAAGGAACUCGACUACGAGAGAAAGGCGAACAAGCAAGGUAUUGUGCGCCAGGCUAAGAUUGUCUACGAGACUCGAGAGGGUACCAAGGUCCCCGAGAAGAGCGGCGGUGGUCGCAGCCGUGGUUACGGCUUCAUCGAAUAUGUUACCCACCGACAUGCGCUCAUGGGUCUCCGCUGGCUCAACUGUCACCCCGUUGAGAUCCCGGCCAACCCCGACAACGAGGAGCGCGACUCAAAGAAGCGCCUGAUCGUCGAAUUCGCCAUUGAGAACGCACAGGUGAUCAAGCGUCGUCAAGAAUUGCAAGAGAAGGAGAAGGAGAAGCUCAAGGCUCGGGAAGAAAAGAAGGCCAAGGAAGAGGCGGAGGCCCGGGAGGAGGCAGCGGCAAACAAGGGUACAAAGCGAAAGCACUCGCAAACCCGUGAUGGCAAGGGUAAGGGCAAGGGCCAGGAGGCCGAGGACGAAGAGGAGGAUGAGGAGGAGAACAAGAUUGCGAAACGUAACCGCAUUAUCGCCAAAAAGCGCGCACAACGGAAGGGUCGCAAGGGCCGGUAG